UCACCGAAAUGCUACAAACAGCCAAAUUGUUGGCACGCAAAGGCAGYCGCCAAUCGAAUGGGCUCACUUUUGGUGAAUUUUGUGUGCUGGCAGCCGAUCUAAAACGCUUUCGCACAUCGACUUUCUCGCCGUCGAUUUGUGACAAGGUAAAUCUAUUAAGCUCUCUACAGCAGGAAAACAAUGACAAUAGCAGUCGUGUUGUUGAGGCUAAUAAUGGCACGCUGUGCCACACGGCAACAACAGCAACGGGCACCGAAUUGCGUAGUACAAAAUCCUUAAGUAAUGUCGAAGACUGUAAGCGAAAAUUGUCAAAGGGCGACACAUCGGCACCGGUUGAGGUAUUCCUAGGCGGUUCAUGUAAUCCCACCACCUGGCGGGCCGAUGUCGCCAUACCAGCGUUGAAUGAACUGGGCAUUUCCUUCUAUAAUCCCCAAGUAUCUGAUUGGACGCCUGAUCUCAUCGAGCUGGAGCAUCGCGCCAAAGAGAAGGCGCGUGUUUUGUUCUUCGUUAUGGAUUCGGAGACGCGCGCUUCUGCUGGUGCCAUUGAGGCGGCACAUAUAGCGGGUCAAAACUGCAAGCAGCUGGUGUUGGUACUACAUCCAUAUAAACGUAAUCAAUCUAUACUUAAUGAACAAAUAUCCCAGCAAGAAUACAUUGACCUCCGGCGCAAUCAGUUAAUAUUGAAGGAGUUGGUCACACGUCGUGGCCUACCAGUUAUGGAUGAUAUACCAUCGGGUCUGCAGCGCACCAAAGACAUUUUGGCUGGCAUUAGAGAUCCACCCUCGAAUAUAGCAACGAUUUUAGUUGUCGUGCGUGGCGCCUUCGAUCGCGUUAAUCCCGUGAACGGCGCCAUCACAGUUGUACAAUGUCAACGCGCUCUCUUAUACUUAGGUUACGCUCAGAGUCUAGUUAAAUUAGACAAUUUAAAUAAGAUAAUCGCCACACAACGUGAAACGUUGGAAGCGCUACAAAAACGCAGUACAAAAUCUGGUGYUCAGCCAGAGCUUAACAGCAGCGAGCAUGCCACUAAGAAGAGCUCAUCCGCAUCAUCGUGCAGCUCCGACACACCCACAGCUUCGUUGAACGAAACAUUGGAUGUCGACUUUGAUUUAUUCUGCGUGAUUUCGGCUUAUCUCUCAGUGCUGCAGCAGGAAAUACAAGAAAGUGGUUGCAUUUCGCCCAUAAAGGGUACAAAUGUGCCACCACCGCCGGUCUAUCUUACCAAUAUGCAAGGUGACGAAAGCAAUUUCGCUAUCAGCUAUUUCACCAGUAAAAAUAUUUCACGCACCUCCAGUCAAACUAGUGUACCCGGCAGCGAUGAACGUCCCAGCAGCACGGAUUUGUUGAGUCGCAAUCGUGAUAGUGGCACCUCUUCACCGCAACCGUUAGAUCAACCGAUGAAAUCACGCUCGGCCGCACAGUUAGGUAAAGCAAAAACAAAAAUUCUUGUCAACAUCGAAUCUAUAGAAACAACCGAAAUCACAACAACUAUACAAACUGCUCAUACACCAACAACACCACCUAAUACUUCUACCACUACCGCCACAGCUUAUCCWAUAUUGAGCGCACACUCAACAGCCGCWUAUCCGCUGGYACAAUUGAACGCCARCGCCGCACAGCUGCACUCAACCUAUCCGGAUGGCAGCGUAACAGCGGAGGAGGAGAGCGAUUCGAAUGAUUCGGUAUUCUCAUCCAGCAGUUCCAUUAAUUCCGUCAAUUGCAAUUAUGGUGGCAAUAAUGAGUUCUUAACYUUCGCUGGCACCGAUUUCCGUGAUGUCUACCUUGGKGGCAGUUGCUUUUUGCGCACCAAAUGGCGUCAAGACAUCGCUAUGCCGUAUUUGAAGACAAAAGGUGUCACCUUCCAUCUACCCGCGCUGCAUGAGAGUUUGCAAGCAACACAGCUGGACAGCAGCUUGCCGGAUAAAGUGUACGAGGAUGCACGUCAAUUGGGCGCCGCACAGGAGAAGUCACUAAAGCGUACACGUCGAAAAUAUCGUGGCGCCGCUUUGGAAGAAGAGGAGGAGGAAGARCUGACCGUGUCGGAGGAGACCUACAGCUGGGCGUUGCCACCGAUGCGUCCGAGUCUCUACAAUCCAUCGUUGCUGGAUGCCAGUCGCGUGUUGUUGUUCAUCAUCACGAAUGAGACGCGUUCGUUGGCGCCCAUGACGCUGGCGGCGCAYUGCAUCGGCUUGAUGUACAAUGUGGUGUUGGCCGUGCAAAUGUUGCCCGACGAUUGUGUAAUCAACAAUGAGAAGCUCACGCCAGCUGCUAUUAAGGAUUACAAUCGCGGUCGUUCGUAUCUUAUCGAUUUGGCCAAACGUCAGGGUGUGCCUGUUUUUAGCGAUUUGAAGGCAGCUUUGGAAUGUACUGUGGACAAGAUAAAAGCGUGCAACUCGCGUGGCAGUCGUUAUGAUUGAAGUGUUGUAUCAAAAAAA